UUUCCUUUCUUUAACUUUCCAGUCAGCGGUUUUGACCUUGGUGAGAACCAGAAGAGAUGGGUUGUGAUUGGGAUUUGUUUGAACAGACUUUUGUUGCCAGUUCUCCGAACUUUUGUGGCUCAAGAAAUUCCCAAACACUACGCAACCCUGAAAAGUGCACAUGGAAUUGACGCUCAAGUCUUUGGACAUUUUUUCGAUAAAGAUGGCUCAUUUCUGCUGAAUUAUGGAAGUAUAAACAACAACUGGGGAAAAUUUAAGAGAAAAGAUCGUUUGUAUGAUUAUAAGGUUAACACAGCUGAAGACCUGGCCAAACUUUAUCUAGAGCCACACAUGGCCAAGUUUACAGGUAUGAGAAUGUCAGGUUCCUGCCUUUCCCACACAAAAUUCGGUCGUCCUUUUAAACAAGUGAGGAAGAAAGGAUUGAUCGUAUGCAGAAUUUUUACUUACUGCAAUAUUAUAUCUUACACGAGUGAUAGCGAAAAAAAUUGGCACCAAAUGAGCAACGCAUUUUUACUUUCGCGUGAUAUAAAAUUCAAAAUUUUUCGCGUGAUAUAAAAUUCAAAUGUCACAGCCCCAUUUUUGUUGGUUUUCGGCCAAGUUUGCCUUCGGUUACCGUGAACACUUUUGGUGGUUUCGAGCCCUAUCUACUGUAAAAAUAGGAAAAAUAGAACUGAAAUUUCCGCUUCAAAACGUUUCUUCUAAAUUUGAGAAAUAAUGGAGAAAAGUUAAAUGCAGCGGAAAAUUCAGAGGGGAUUUUUCCACUUUUUUUUUCCAUUCGAAGAAUGGGACGUUUUUUAGCUAGAAUUUUUUGUCGGAUAUAUCACGCACAAUGUCCUCUUAUCACUGUAAUAAUUAUUGCAGAGAUUUAUAAUCACGUACACGGCAAACGGCAAACGUAAGGUGGAAGUUGACAAGUUCUCAUUUUGGGAAAUUUGCAGGUAAAAACUGUCCAAAACUAUAAUCUAAUGUUAUGGAGGAACAUUUUUGUCUAGAAUGAAUGAACACGUGUAGUAAACGACAAGUAAAGGGUCACUUGGUCACGUGGUAGAAACUAACGUUUUCCGUUUGCCCUUUUCCGUAAACCUGAUUCUAAAAACUCUUUAUUGCCAAUUAUACAGUUUCAAGACGACACUCGUAAAAACAGUCACCGUAGAAACGACUCCAGCCGAUAAAUAACAAUUUCCUAGUCAUCAACCCUGUAAGUCAAGAGGACGAUAAAGUCGGAAGUUUUUAAUCAGAGAUUUAGAAUUUUUGCAUUUCGAAGAUGCCAUUUACUGCAGCGAAAUACUAACAUCAAAGUGAAGAAACAUUGGAGAUUGCAUAAUUAUCUUUUUUAGGGUUUGAUAACACAUGUGACCUGUCCGCAGUGUUAGGAAUUCUUGAGAGAGCAUCAAUUUUUCACGCUCGUAUCCAAACCAACGCUAAAAACGUGCGAGCUCAGGUGAGAAAUGAAUGGGGACAUUGCAACUUUGACCAUUGGACUGCCGCAGAAUUUAACAACGGUUUUCAGCUCAUUGAAACGUUACUUCGUUCACUGGGAUUACCAAAAGCCGAUGUGGAUGAGCAUCUAGAUGACCUUCAGGAAUGGGAGACCAAAGGCAAGUUUUAGUAUAUUAGUUAUUCGUAAGAAUUCUAACCUAGCCGUAACAUUCAUAAAUACAGUAUUUCUGUCAUAGAAAGGGAAGUAUCACCACAAUAUAUGAAAAUUUCUCUUUGGUUACCUGGCAUUAGAAGAACACGCUACCGUAUCAGUUGUCGAUUAUUGUUUUGUGUCUUAGUUCCUACUCAUGUUUCCCCUUUUUGGCGUUUUGUAUGGCAGGGGUUUUCCUUGCUUCUGCAGCGGCCUACUACGGCAUAAUCGACCAGAAAUGUUGGUUGUUAUUUGUGUGCUAUUGUAGGGAAGCUCGUGGUUAUGAACAGAAGGAAUAUUCAUGGCAGAAUUCUACAAAAUGUUAAAUUGAUCAUUUCUUCUACAUCUUUGCACCAAAAUCACCGUGAGCUCUUGCACCAGCAAGAAAUUGUCUAUUCAGUUAAGUCCAAAAUCAGACAAUGCAAUAUCAGGUUUACUUGAAGGUUCCCCCUGCAAAAUUGCCUAUUUCUUAUGCACACGAGUAAAGUACAGGUGAUAGUGAAAACUCGCAGUCUCACGAUUUAGUCACUUAAUGAUCAGGGGCUGGGAAAUCUAUUGCUUCCUAUAAUUUGCUGUACGGGACAGUUAUAUUGUCGAUAGACCUAUUCGGCUAACUCAAUGUUGUACCCAAUUCAAAUCUCCCGGGGUUAAGAUUCUGUGUGUAUUGUAUUUACAUUAUAAUGUGGCAUUCACAUUUAAAUGAUAUGGAAAUUCCUGAAACAAAACGUUUUAUUCCCAAAGGGUAUGAAUUGGGUACAACAUUGAGUUAGCCGAAUUGGGUACAACAUUGAGUUAGCCGAAUUGGUCUGUUGGGCGCGAAGAAUGUCCCGCAGAGUCAAAAUUGUAAAUUAUAGAUCGGCGGUUAACUCUCGAGUUUUUACCACACUUCUGCAGGGAGAUCUUACCAUUUCUUACUUUUCAUGAAAGAAAUGUUUUUGUUAGCAUUUCCGAUCAGAGUCAGAUUAACAAACACAUGCAAAUUUCCACAAUGUCUUGAGGUAACUCAUCUAUGAUACAUAGAAGAUUCUCUAAAACAUCUUGCGAAUGCCUUUUAAGGAUAAAAUUUGUUGUGGUAGGUUUGACGCUGUGUAUGGGCUGUCCCGUAGAUAAAGAUCUGAUGAAUCUUAUUAGUCUGGAGGUUACCAACCUUGAAAAACAAGUGGAAAAUAUAAAGAAAUCAAGCACCGAUGAAGCCAAAAGGAUUAGUGAUGCCCUUCAGAUUACCACAGAGGAGGUUCAAAACUUUUAUACACGAAUUCGCGACAUCAAGAGUCGACUGGACGCGGAGCAAAUGGAACGUUUAAAAGAACACGAAGCUUUGUCGGGUACAAUUGAAGGAAUUUCGAAAGGCUUGACAAUCACUAAGAAGCGUGUAGUUGCCAGUGAGGAAAAUAUUUCACUAUUAGAGGGAAAGCAAAAUGACUUAGAGGCAACACUAUCGUCCGUAAAGGAAGAACAAGAAAAUCUUACCUCAAAGGUCGGUGCUUUGCAAAUCGAGCGGUCUCAAUUGGGUGCAAGAGUUACAGCGCUGGAAGAUGGAAACCUUAAUACAAUAUCGACUACCAGUAUUUUCCAUGUGCCCAGUCGCAACCCUUGUUUUUGCGGCCGUAGUAGCGAGCUAGAAGCCAUUGCAGGGCACCUAAAAAUUGCCGGCAAAGGCUGCGUUCACUCAGCCAUUUGUGGUCUUGGGGGAGUCGGAAAAACAUCUCUCGCUGUUGAGUUUCUAUGGCGACACGAGGAAGAAUAUCCAGGGGGUAUUUUUUGGAUUUCAGGCGAGAAUAACAAUCUUUUUCAAAGGACCCUCAGUGAAAUGGCACGGCGAAUUGGAACUUUUGAAAAAGACUGGUAUAACUCCUUGUCGAGGACCCUUGAUUGGCUGGGAAAACGUGAAGAGUUGUGGUGUCUGGUCGUCGAUAAUCUUGAUGAGUUAGAAAUGUCCACAGAAAUGCGUAAGCUUCUUGCUGGUCACUGGAAGUAUGCAGCUCGAGGCCAUAUUAUCGUCACCACGAGACGGGAAUUAGUAGAGUUGGGAGAGGAAAUAGGUGUCGAAGAAUCGUAUUGCAUAGAGUUAAAGUGCUUAACAGAAGAUGAAGGAGUUCAGUUUUUACGAAUGCGAACUGGAAAAGAUUGGAAAGACGAUGAGACACGCGAACUGGUCAAAGAACUAGGCGGACUUCCCUUAGCUCUUGAUCAAGCUGGCGCUUACAUUCGUUGCCUGAAGCAAACAAUACAACAGUACGUUGACAAAUACAGAGAGCAAAAACUGCGUCUCUUGAGUAACAAAAAAGCCCGACAGUUAGUGGAAAAUACUCCUCUUGAGCGCUUGGCUGUCAACACUACGUGGAAGUUAAACUUUGAUCACAUCAGUCAUAUCUCAAAGGAAAUGGAACUGGGCGAAGUCCCCACUCUUUUUAUGCAGGUGUGUGCCUUUCUCGGCCCAGAUGAUAUCCCUUACGAAUUGAUCAAUGAAGCUCUAAAUAAGGAGGGCAGUCCUGUAAGGGAUAGUGGUUUGUGGGAUCAAGCUGACAUAGCAUCGCUUCUCACUAAGUUUUCCUUGUUUCAAAGAUACGGGGCAAAUUCGUUCAGUAUUCAUCGUCUUGUACAAGAAGUGAUCCGAGACCAGUUGGAGAAGGAAACGGAGUUUACUGUUCUGUCUUAUGCAAUCGCUGUCCUUCACUACGCGCUAACAAAUACACUCUCUCCGGCGGAAGUGUGCGAAACUAUUGUUGAAGACGCUGUUUUUAGUGUUCAAAAUCCUCCUUCUCUGCAUCUAUGGGGCAAGUUGGCUUCACACACUACCUACUUGCAGGAGCAUUUACAAAAUUUCUCAGCAAGACAUAAGGAAUCGGUCGGCACUUUGCUGUAUACAGAAAAAUCCAUGCGUAUUUUUAACGAAGCAGGUAUAUUUUUCAGUGUAUCACAAGAGAAAGUCAAGGCACAAGAGAUGCAGGAAUUGAAACUGAAGUUUCUUGUGAACCUUCAAACGUUGUCACCAGAAGAUGGUGCCAGAAUGCCUGAUUACUUCAUCGACAUCCCUCUAAAGGACAGGCACUACAAGCUUAUUUCCCAUUGUUUGAGGCAGCCUGCUUCUGAUUGCGAUCCCUUGGAUGAAGCAACGACAGCACAAGAAAACGCUAACCAACUCAGAGAACAAGGCAACCUUGCCGUUAAAAAUAGAAAGUUUAAAAACGCCUUAGAACUGUAUUCAAGUGCCAUUGAUUUGUCCGCUAAUGACUUCCGACUCUUCUCUAACCGAGCUCUAUGCUACUUAAAACUUGGGCAACCGCAGGAAGCACUAGAUGACUGUGAAAAGUGUCUUUCAUUAAAUCCCUGUUACAACAAGGCUCUACAACGCAAGGCUUGGGCUCUCCGUGAUCUUGUUCAAAUUGGCUGUAGUCACCUAACUGGUCAAAAAGAGGCAGCACUUCAAAUAGCCUUUCACUUUAAUCCCAGCCUUCGCAAUGACAAAGUGUUUUGUGGUAUGUUUUCAGAAGCUGGUGAGCAAAUGGCCAAAGAAAUAAAAAACGAAACACAACUUAAUUUUGCUCUGAUGACGACUCGUGGAAAUGAAACCAUACUACUACACGAAGGAGAGUAUAACUUAGCAGAAUUUUUGGCCUUCGUCAAUCUUCAAAUUGUAGGUAUUGGACGAAAAGUAGUCUUGACAUGUGUGGACAGGUGUACGAUUUUCGGCUCCAAAUGUUAUUUUGAAAACAUUGUUUUCCCUAAAGGGAACAUUCAGAUAACUUGUGAAGGCAAGGAAGCAGCUCUGCACCUGAAACACUGUGAAGUUUCUGGAGGAUCGGCUAGUUGUGAUGACUUUCCAGAUUGUAACGGAGGUGUAGGUUGCGUAUCCGCCUCCCUAGGAAAACCGGUUUGUGACCGCAGUGGCAAAUUUGGAGAUCCUAGAUCAAUUUCCGGUUUUGUUGGAUAUGCUGGAAUCCAGAUUUUGCAUGGCAGCUUUGGACUUAUUGAAGGCUGUGUUAUUCACGAUUGUGGAGGUGGAGGCGCGCUAGUUUCAGGCGAAGGUUCCCGCCUGGAGGUCAGAAACUGCAAAGUGUAUAAGAACCAUCAAGCUGGUCUAGAAGCAAGAGAAGGUGGACAACUUUUGGCUUUUGAGAACAGGGUAUACAACAGUGGGUAUCAUGGUGUGCUUAUAGGUCCAAAUGCUGGAGAAUGUAUUGUUAGUGGUAACAAGAUAUUCGAAAAUAGAAAAGAGGGCAUUUUCGUCUGCAACAACACUGACAAGAUAAUUUUACGUAACAAUGAUGUUCAUCAUAACAGACCUUUUGGCCUUUCCCUAGACCAGAAUUCCUGUCUUUUGGUAAAUAACAACAGAAUUUUUGAGAAUGGAUUCUACGGAAUUCAAGCCCAGUUACGAACAUCAGGAACUAUAAAAGAGAAUGUCAUCUCUGGAAAUAAAUGUGGUGGAAUACUGAUCGGAUUUAACUAUUCCGGACGAAUUGUUCUGGAUUCAAACAUAGUCCGAGACCACAGUGGUCCAUGGCUUGUGUAUCAAGGAAUGAAAGAUCUUGACUUUGCCAUUGAGAAUGAGGAGCUUGCUGCUUUAUUUAACCUUCCAAAAGGAGAAAGGGGCGUUUAUUCCAAACCGCCUCUUCUCAGUGGGAACAAAGAAUUUAACAACAAAGAGGGUAUCUGUCAUCCCCGCGAGGUGGGACAGCGACUAGUCACUGGUUGCACGUUUUGUCGUCGCUUAAAUCUGCGCCUCAUGAAAUGCCUAACAUGCAACGUUGCAUCCUAUUGUAGCAAAGAAUGCCAGCGCCGGCACUGGUCCAUCCAUAAAACGUUAUGUUUGGCCCUAAAAAACCGUUACUCCGUUACAGUUGACCUUAUUCCGAUUGAAAAGUCAAAGGAAGCGCUAGCCUCGGUGCAGACAUUCGGCGCCCAGUCAAAAGGUAUUGGAACCGGAUCUGCGCCCCGAACAAACAGCCGCCAAAAAUUUAUUGUUAAAAUUAAAACCCAUUCUCAGAACACUCACCCACUGCAGUUGCUUGCCGUGUGUGAUAGAAGUCACACCAUCGUUUCCCAUAUUCAAAGCCCAGAUAUCUUCAACGUGAUAAUGGAGUGUGGUGUGCUUGUGGAUUUGCUUGAUAACACAAGCAAGAAGGCAUUUUUCUGGGCCACGUUUACUGGAAUCGAAGAAAAAUUGGUCAUAUUCCUCGAUCACUUAGCUCCUUAUCAGGCGUGGUAG